AUAUGAGUCUGAGACCGAACCAUUGGGCUGUGAUUAUAGGGAGGAACCAGGAAGGAAAAUGCCUCUUCGCUCAAUUAUCACAACCAAUCAGAGCAACGUAGUAUGUGACGUAUGUUGUGCGACGCACAGCUAUUCUCAAACUAACUCAACUGAGCGCACGUUCGAAGAAGUAGAAAAAGAAGAUGGACAUAAACGAUUUAUGCCGGUUUUGUAAAAAUAAUUUAAGGAUACACAGACAAAUUGGCAACACGGUCAGCAUUUUUGAGAAAAAAAGUAAAAGUGCAUGCACGUACGAACAAGUUCUCCGUUUAGGCUUUCAACUCCAAAACACAUCAAACAAAUCGUAUCGCAUGUGUUGGCCAUGUACAAACUUAAUAACACGUUUGGAACGCGACAUGUCCGUGUUUAAGAAGUGGACAGACGACGAAGGAGCCCAGGCUGAAGAAGCGUGUUCAUCUGAGGCACCAGAGAAAAGAGACCGGGAGCCAACUCCCUCCAAGACGCCCAGGGCUCUGAAGAAGUUCUGCCCCAAUCCGUUAACACCAACCGGUACAAAAACGCGAAAAAGCCUUACAGAGGUUGUCUCCCAUUACCCUUCACAGACUGUUGCCAAGGUAUGUUGUCCAGAAGAAGCCUCAAUAGUGAACAGCAUUAAUAAGAAGAAAUGGACAACAGCUGCAAAGUUAAUGUUGAAACAUAAACACCUAGCUGAGGAAAUCAAGGUGCACAUCCUGGAGCUAAUAACCAACGAAUGCAAACGCAUUUCUAAUCCGACCAACGGUUUCAUCCUGUGGAAGUCAUCUCCAGAUGAUCUGAAAGCCUUUUCAUUUACAAGCUUAGAGGCAGACCUUAAAGGUUUUUCACCAUUCCUCUUCUCAGUUCUAACAACUGUCAGCAACCACUCUCAAGCUGCAACUUGUGCAGCAGCUUCCAUUGCCUUGAGAGGGAGACAACCACGCCUGUCAGCCUUUGCAUACUACCUAGGUAGUAUUUUGCAUUAUGGCGGGGCAAAAAAAGCUGUGUUUGAAAGGCUGAACAAAAUGGCAAUAACAACUACUCACCACAAUUCUAUAGAGAAGCAGAAGGAGUUGGCGCUCCUAUGUGGGGGCUCUCUAAAAAUGUUAAAGGUACAGAAUGAAGAUUUUCUGAACUCUGAAGCGGAAGGGAACUUUGUUGGUCAGAGAGUGGACACCAGCGAAGACCAAAGAACAAGUGAUCCGAAGGGGCCACUAAACCCAGUUGGUGAACACAUGGUGUCAUGUCAGGUGAGGUGA